AUGCCCGUCCCUGAUCUUUCCGAGCUCUGUGCAAUCCUUGGAGUGAUUGUUCUGUCUGCUCUUCACAAUAAACCAGUGCCUGUACUGACGCUCGAUGCAUCUUUGCGUGCCUCUGAACACUCUAUGAUAA